GAAUACUUUCUUCGGGGAGUUAAUCAUCUCGCUUUGCUUCAACAAUCUUUGUAAAAAGCCUCCUACGUCAUUACGUUGCGUUUGAACGUGGCGGCGCGGCACAGACGAGCGCAGGAUUCUUUUUUCUCAACUCGCUUGAUGCCAGGCACCGUUUGCUUGCAAAGUUAAAGUCAUGGGAAUAAAACAACACGUUAUAUAUACACGUUACUGAAUGGCAUUCAAAGUCUUUGUAAGUUCGGGGUGCAGACCGAUCAAACAGCACUUUCGUCGCGAUACUGUCUCACGACCGCGAUGACCUGCAAAUUAAGUGGCCUGUUCAGCAUCGGCGAGGACUUCGAUGACGAGGACCUGCUCGGGACGGACUGGGGUGUCCGCUCAUCGUCUGGACCAGCCGAUGUGGCAUCUGCCGGCUCAUCCUGCUCACUGCGGCCUUCCUCCGUGUCCCAUGGACAGCCGCCGCAAGACUCGUCCCGGCACGCCGGAGUGGCACCCGCAGCUCCGCGCCAUGGCUCGGCAUCGGAGAGCGGGUCGCAUGCUGCUGCUGCUGCUGGACAAACGGUACUGGGGUUGAGACGGCCCUCCUCCUCCUCUUGUGCUCAGCCUCUUCCCCGCACGCUGAGUAACUGUCAGCCUAAUUCGGCUUUACGACAGAAUCCCGCCAACACGGGCCCACAGCCCUGCGCCGCUGUGGACGAUUUUGACGACUGGGACGUCGACCUGGCGGACUUGGACGAGUGGGACCGGCAGGAGGGACAGCCUCCCGCUCCGAUCCUGCCCGCUCCUCCGGUCGCUCUUCCACCUGCGUCCAAAGCGCUGCGACCUCCGACCCGCGGCGGGAUUCAGACGCGCCCUAUUCGCCCCCAGGGAGGCCUCGGCACGGCGGGCCAGGCUUCCGGCUCGUUCAGUCAUAACACGCCUCCUCGGAUGUCCUCCACUCCCCUCCCGGGUUCCACAAAUCCCCGGCCUGCUCUCCAGUCGGUCCCACCACACAGUCCCAGUGUGUUCCGUGGGCUCACCGCCCCUAGCCCCGCCCCCAGCCCCGUCUCCAGGACCCUAAACAGGCCCCAGAGGCCGUGGGCCACUCCGGGAGCCUCCCCUCGUGGCUGCGGCGGCCUCUUUGAGUCCGUCUCCCCGGCGCCCGCAAACUCGUCCACCCUGAGUCCUCAUCCCCUUCACACGACGGUCCUCACCAACCGCCUGGUCCAGUUGGUAUCGGCCUCCAACAAGCUCCCUCAGAAGAGGCCUCGUUCUGAGCUUCAGAGGCCCAGGACCAGACGCUUCCCCGGCCCCGCCGGGUUCCUGCCUCAGCAGCCGCAGGAUCAGAACCUGGACGACAUUGUGGUUUCUGCCCCUCAGACUCCUGCUCAUGGUGCUGUGGCCCGGUCGUCAAGCCAGGCCUCCAGCUCACAGGCCGAUGAAGAGGAGUUCAGCGGCGGCGGCUGGGCCGCGAUGAAGGCCGAGAUGGGAUUGGAUGAGAGGAACCCUUCGUGCUUCCUGCACUCUUACAGCGUCGUCAUGGUGCUCCGGAAGGCUGCGCUGAAGCGGCUGGCGAGGAACAAAGUGCCCAACAUGGCCGUGCUGCUGAAGAGCCUCGUCCACACGCACGCCGACGCCAGGGCCGUGUUCAAAGACCCCACAGGGGAGAUCCAGGGGACGGUGCACCGGCGUCUCCUCGAGGCCCGGGAGGACGAGCUGAAAGUCGGCGCCGUGCUGCUGCUCAAACAGGUGGGCGUGUUUUCCCCCUCCCACCGUAACCACUACCUGAACGUGACCCCCAACAACCUGCUGAGGAUCUACGCCCCCGAUGGGGUCGGCCCGUCCUCCGCUCGGCUGCCCCCGCUCGUCCUGGAGCCGAUGUCCCUCGCUGGCCCUCCCUCCGCCGGCCUCCGGGGGACCGUGUCUCGCAUGCAGCUGGUGUUUGACGAGGAGGAUGACGAGGAGGGACAGGAAGGUGGGGGGCGCUCGGAGGGAGGCGAAUGCCCGGUAGCCUCAAGAGACACUAUAACCGGCUCCAGCACCGGCCCCCGAGAGCCCGCCGGGGACCCGGCACCACGGGACUGGGGCGCAGGCUGGGAUGCAGACGACGACGACCUGGAUGACCUGCUGGGAGAGUUACCCGAGGACACCUGCAGCCUUUGACGUCACACCAAGCCGCUACCUCGUCGCGUUCCCGACGUCGCCCUCCUCUUUUAUCCCAAUUGUCCGACUGCUGAACUGUGUUAUCCGUAUCCGGUUCGUAAACGCCGCAGAGUGUAACUUUGUCAUUUCCACGCACCACCGAUGACGGAUGUAUCGUAAGAAGCAGACUCUCGAAGGCAACAGGCGCUCGUUAAUUAAUCACAAGAGCUCUGAAAACCAGCUCUUGUUUGAUUUCACCUUCACAAAGAAUAUAAUUGGUCCGAGAUUGUCUGCGUUGUGGAUGCAACGCACACCCAUACACACUUUUGUUUCUUACCCGUUGUGGCACUUUGCAUCAGCAACCUUGAAAUAAAUGGCUAAUUUGCACAGCAUUGAUUUGCUAAUCAUGCUAAAUGGAAGCAAGGGGAGGCUUUUUUCCUCCGUUGGCGUUCGUCCUUGCCCGCCGUCUUCAGUCGAGUGUUUUUUACCGAGCCUCAGAGUGGAGUCGAUGCACACUGACCCGGCUUGUUUGCCAGGCGGUAAGAGGUGUCUCUGAGGGUUUUUCAG